UGCACUCAGUGUGGAAAGAGUCUGUCAAACAAAGACAGUCUUAAGGUCCACAUGAGGAUUCACACUGGAGAGAAACCAUUCACAUGCUCUCAGUGUGGGAAGAGUUUCAGAGACUCAUCAAACCUUAAUAAACACAUGAAGAUCCACACUGGAGAGAAAACACACGCAUGUGAUCAAUGCGGAAAAUCAUUUCUGUUGGCUUCAGAGCUGAAGGUUCAUCUUAGAGUUCAUGCAAAGGAGAAGCCUUCAUGCUCUGUGUGUGGAAAGAGUUUUGCGCAUCAAAGAAAUUUAAGAAAACAUCAGAAGAUUCAUACUGGUGUGAGAGAGUAUGUGUGCUUUGAGUGCGAGAAGACUUUUAUUACAGCUGGAAACUUAAAACAACACCAGAUGAUUCACACUGGAGCGAAACCUUACAUGUGUUCACACUGCGACAAGAGAUUCAGACAGUUAGAAGGCCAGAAAACACAUGAGAGGAUUCACACUGGAGAGAAACCAUACAUGUGUUCACACUGCGACAAGAGAUUCAGACAGUUAGGAGGCCUAAAAAAAACAUGAGAGGAUUCACACCGGAGAGAAGCAAGUGAGAUUCAGUCAGUCAGAAACAUUGAAAAAC